AUGGAUUGUGGUCUGCAUGACGCAGCAAUAAAGGGUGAUCUUAGUUUUUUGAAAAAAAUUAGAAAUGGUGAUGGAUCAAUUGAUCUUGCACGUCAGAAAACGCCUAAUGACAACAAUGUUCUUCACAUUGCGGCUGAAUUCAAGCAAAUGAAUUUCUUUAAAGAAGUCAAGUUUCAUCAUUCUCAAUCUCCACGGUUUUGGGACACCAACAAGAACCGCGAAACUCCUCUCCAUGUUGCUGCAAGAGUAGGAUGUGAUGAAAUAGUGGAGUUCAUCAUUGCUAACAUGAAACCUCUUGAAGAAGUUGAUUUGGAAGACGGACCAAUUAAUGAGGAGGCUUAUAAAAAACUACUCCGAAUGGAAAAUUCGGAAAAGGAUACAGCAUUGCAUGUUGCUGUACGAUAUCGUCACGAUGGGGUGGUGGCUCAGUUAAUGAAAGCCGAUCCUGAAUUAUGUUGUUUUACUAAUAGCGCCGCAGAGUCACCCUUAUUCCUAGCUGUUAGAACGGGCUCUCCAAGCAUUGCUCUUUAUAUUCUAAACGAGUCUCCCUCUGAUAGACCUCCUUCUUUUCAGGGGACAAAUGGUGUGACAGCUUUGCAUGCAGCUGUCACUCGCAGACGCCUUACCCACCAAGGCAUCGUGGCAACUAUGGUUUCCAAAAAUCAUGAAAUAAUCAAACAAGCAGACGACAUUGGGUGGACUCCCUUACACUAUGCAGCAUUGAGCGGUAACCUUAAAGCAACUCAACUGCUGAUUGGAAAGGAGAAGUCUGCUUGUUACAUCUUGGACAAACUUGGGUUGUCAGCUCUCCACAUCGCCGCAUAUGCAGGGCGCACCAAAAUAUUGGAAGAGUUGAUUGGAAGUGAGCCUGCUACUUGUGAUUUGGUCAACCACAAAGGUCAAACAGCUCUGCAUGCUGCAGUCGUAGGUGAAAAAAUAAACGUUAUAAAGUACGUUCUGAAGACGCCUAAGCUUGGGAGACUUAUAAAUCAAGCAGAUAACGAAGGGAACACUCCUUUGCAUCUUGCUGCCAUUUGCCGAAAUCAUGGAAUGAUAAAAAUCUUGUCAACAGACACUAGGUUGGACAAAACGGCUAUCAAUAAAAAAUUCUUAACGGUUGCCGACAUUUUGCGCGAGGACAAGAUGGAACAAAAGUAUAUUUGGGCCUUGACGGCUGGGGUGCCAUAUUUUCAACAACAAAUCACCCUUGAGUUUACGAAUUUAGAAUCUCCGGAGAAGAAAGAUGAGGCUGAUACGCCAGCCAUUACACAUGGGACCUUGAAAAGACAUGAUACCAAACUAUUGGUAGCAACGCUCAUUGCAACCGUCACAUUUGCAGCGUCUAUCAAUGUUCCUGGAGGGUUCAAAACCGACGGAAGGCCGGCUUUAGAAGACAAUGCAUAUUUCCGAGUGUGUGGGGUUUUUAACAUGUAUGCCUUCAUUUUCUCAGUUCUUGCGAUAUCUAACGAAUGCACUCCGCUACGGGUCCUAUCUAGCCAUUUACCCACACCUGCAAGUCUCAUUCAGUUUUCAAUUGGUGGGAUGGUAAUAGCAUUUUUUGCGGCCAUCCUGGCAUCGUUGCAGCCAAAACGCCCCAAUGAAAGUCUGUUUAAAUAUUUGUUUGUCACACCCGUUGAUUUGGUGCUCGGUCUAAUAUUUGUCAUAUUUGUUUACGCAUUAGUUUUAAUCCCCAUUUAUAGGUCUCUACUGCAAAUAAUGCGGGGGAUAAGGAUCCGUGAGCUCCGGAACUACGUUAUUUGA